CCUUACCCGACUGCGCGUGCGCAAGGCCUGAGAGGAAGAGCCCGGAACAAAAAAAGAAAGGGGGGAAGCGGGCAGCUCUGACGUCGCGGCGUCAACAAACGUGCGUUGGAGUCGGUGCGGCUGGGCUGUGCUCGGUUUCCACAGGUGUUUGUCACUGCGCAGGCCGGGGCGAGCCGUCGACGGAGCGGGCGACGAUGACCAAGUAUUGCCGGGCGCCCAACUGCUCCAACUCCGCGGGGCAGCCCCGGCCGGACAACCAGCGCCUCAGUUUCUACAAGUUUCCUCUGCACAACCCCGAACGUCUCCAGCAAUGGCUUUCCCAGAUGAACCAAGAAAAGUGGGUCCCAACGAAACAUCAGCACUUGUGCAGUGAGCACUUUGCACCAUCCUGUUUUGAAUACCGCUGGGGAGUGCGCUACCUGAAGCCUGACGCCAUUCCCACGAUCUUCCAGACACCGGAUGGCUCGCUGAAGAGGGAAAACCCUGCCAGGACUCCCUCAGAUGUCCCAGGCAAGAAGCUCAUCCUCGAAUGCCACAGGGAGAAGAGCAUGCCAGAACCCCGAGCCAUAAACCACCCAGAGCCAAGCACCCUGGAAACACUUGCCAUAGCCAUUGAUCCCAGUGUGGCAGCUGCCCCUAUCUAUGUGGAAACCCAGUCCUCUGCCUCAGACCUAGACUUCCAUACCCUUUCAGGGUCCCUGGUUGGGGCUGUGAACCUGGUACCUUUGGUUCAAAUCGUAGAGCCCCUCAAGGCUGUAACUCUGACGGUGGCUUCCCCAGUUGAGGCUGUGCCAGGCCAGCCUCUGCCGGACCCAGUGGACCAACAGGUGGUGGAUUUCUUGGCCUCGCUGCCACCGUCGGCUCUGGAAGCCAUGCCAAGCUCUUCCGUGGGGGCCUCCAAGCCAUUUUGUGCAGAAGUCGCGGUGCCAUGUGAGGUGGUGGCAGCAGCGGCCAAUCAGCCGCCGUUGCAGGCCCUGGUGGGAGAUCAACCACUGGCAGCAGAACAGGGGGCCCUCAUCAUUGAGAAUGUCUCCAUUGAGCCGUUUCUGGAGGCCAACCCCGCCGCCGCCGCCGCCGUCCUGAGCUCGCUGCAGGAGUCCUCUACUGAGAUGGUGGCUUACUUUGAGACCAUCCCAACUGCUCCUAUUGCAGCAGCCCCCUCUUCGGGUGUGACUCCCCCCGAGACUGUGCUCUCCUCCGCCCUCAGCCUUCCCAUUGUUUCCACCGUCCCCAUCGUCUCCAACCAGGCCUCUCCAGAGGCCUCCCCGACCGAGGAAGUGAAGCCGGAAGAGCUGAGCUCCGCCGAGUCUCUGGUGGAGGAGCUGGAGGAGCAUUGCUACCACAAGUACGAGGGGACGACAUCGGAGCUGGUGGAAGUGGUGAUGAGCCUGCAGAAGAAGGUAAAGGUGCUCCAGCAGCGGCACCGCCGGCACUGUGCCAAGCUGGAAGCCAUGGAGGGGGUAGUGGAGCAGCUGCGGAAGGAGAACCUGGUGUCCGAGGAGAAGCUGAAACUCCUGGAGAUGGCCUGCCUGCAGUCUAGCACAAUUGUGCCCGAGAGUGGUGGCGCAGUAGCCAUUAUCUGCCAGGACAGUGACCAGGCGCUGGUCUAUGCUGUGCCCCAGCUGCCGGAAGAGGGAAACGAGACCAUCAUCCAUGUGGAAGAACAGUAACCUUGGAGGAUGUGGAAGGCAAUCGGGAGCCAGCCCGCCCCUCUGCGUUUGACUUGGCCGAAGGCAUCUGUCCAGAUGAUAUCUGGAGCCUGCACCCUUCCGCUGCAAGAAUCACAGAUGUGGUGCUGCUGGGCCUUUUCUGAUUUCGGCUGCAUAAGUGAUGGCCUUAUUGCUGCGGCACCUUAUUUUGUGGGAAAGUCUUUGGGGGAGGUUCCCCCCCAUCUGAAAUAAUUGUAUAUAAAACUGUCUUGGUUGUGGGAAUGAACCACUGGCUGUGUGUGUGUUCACCUCCUCCUCUGCACCUGAGCCUUGAAGCUGCUGCUGUCACCUAGUUCAUUAUUAUCAUCAGACUGUCCUUUCCAGAUUGCCCUUCUAGCAAACCCUAGACUGGGAGCCAGUUCCAUCUCAGUGGCCAAACUGCUGUGUUUUUUUUCAGAGAGGUGCACUUCUUGCACUUGGCUGUCGGGUCCUCCCAGGUGCCUUUCUAAAGGGCUCAGCUUCAGGGCUGUGUGUGUGUGUUGUGGUCCUCUGUCUUCCCACCUGCAGCAUAACUUACCGCAGCGACUAGUGGCAUCUCAUCACAUUCCACACUAACCCUAAGGCAGGCGGGAGGCCCAGGGUCUUUGCUGCACAUCCCCACAGAUCCUUUGUACCUGGGCAUAUGAGGGAUCAUAAGGAAUCCUGGUGCCUGAGAGCAGGUGCCAUCAGGUGGUGAGGGGAGAUAGCUUUUCAUAGAGCGAAGAAAAGCAUAAAAGACACACACUGUUUACCCCUUGGUGAAGAAUAUGUAAUGGAACCAAACCAUUUUCAAGAGGCCCUAAAGAAUGGCAGUCCCAGCAUUGCCUACUGCAAAAGCCAGAUGGAAACCAUGAGAUUGUAUUCAGCACAUACGAAAUCAUAUGCAAGAAUAUGGCAUCAUCCACAGAGAACUGAAAUACUAAAGUUCCAGUACUCAAAAGGGAGUCACUUUUAUCAUUUCAAUUAUCCAGCUGCUUGAUUGAUUGUGUAAUUACUGACUCGGUUCAGAUUUAGUGCUUGCGUUUGUGUUGACUAUUGCAAUUCCUUAUGGUCUCUUUAAAAAUGAUUUCUGUUACAUUCUUCUUCAGUCAGGUAGCUCAAGCAGGCCGCAGCCAAUUGAAGGCAAAGGGCAGAGGGAGAUGAAGGAAGCAACCUGGAUCAACUGUCUUAAUUUAGUAAACUUUAGGAAGGUACUGGAUAUGCACAAUCAUUUAUAUACCAUGCUUUUCAUGUCCUUUGCCAAAAUGUUGAUGAUCCGAAGCUUUUCUCUUCAGUGACAACAAAGCCUCUGUGAGUCAGAGCAGGAUAGCAGGAAUAUGCCAGUUUUCAAGUUCUUAAGCACUGCUUGGGGAUCAAAAUUCCUCAGAUGGGCAGAGGGGUGGUGUUGAGGAGUGCACUAGCUGUGCCUACAACUUGGGGGGCUUAACGCCUGUUCUUACGUAAUCUCGUGCAAUUUAGAACCCUGGAAGGUCAGGAUUCUACAGGCCAUAGGAGAGCCUUUUAACACAUGGAAAGUGGUAUCGCCAGCGACAGGAAUAUGAGGAAGGCGGGACAGGGCCAAUGGCCUCAUCCCAGUUCUCCCCUUCACAUGAUAUAAUCACAUGGGGGGGUAGGGGGAAAGAGAUCUCAAACAGAGCUUUGGCAAAAGGCAUAUCUGGUUUAUCUAGGUUUGUUAUUUCCCACCAAGGGCCAAUUGCCACAUGCUUUUACAUCGUACUGUAAGAGCCGUGCUGGGUCAGCCUGAGGGUCCAUCUAGUCCAUCAUCCUGCUUCCAGUGGCUCAUCAGAUGCCCCUGGGAAGGCCACCAGCAGGGCUUGAAGAUAAAUAGCCCCCCCAGCAACUGGUCUUCAGUGGCAGACUGCCUCAGUAAUGGAAGUUGCUUCCAUAAGUCGUUCCCAUCUCCACACAUAAUAUAGGCAGGAUUUGCAGGAAUGUUGACUUCUUCUUGUCUUCCCUGCUUCCCUCAGUCUUUCUCCCCUCUGGCUUUGUUCUUUUCAGACACGUGUGGUUUGAGGAUGCCCUCCUGUUCCUCCACCUUGGGCUUCCAUUUCGUACAAUAUUUUUGUCCACUGGCAGCCAGUCUUCCCAGCUCCCCGCUAAAUAAGAGUUAUUUAGCUGUGUGUGUGAGUGAAUGUUGUUAUAAAUAUAUUUUAUUGUUAUUAAGUCUUUAAUAUUUUUUUUUAACAUGGGUCUCUGUGCUUGAAAAUUAACCCAGGGAUUGGAGAAAAGGCAAAAACAAAAAAAUGACAUUGUGAUUGUAGAUCUUGGUGAUGGGCUGAAAGAGGUGAGGGGGGAGGGAGAACCUCAUUGGGAGUGAUAAUGUGUGUUUUAACAGUGCCAAAAUAAUACUUUAAAAAAUAAUAAAUGGAACAUGUUGAAAAAUG